AUGGCGGACUUGAAGGUCGAAACCAUAGCAAAACUGGCUCAGUGGAGGAUCGAAAACUUCGGGGCAGCCACCACUUACAAAAGAUCCGACCCGUUCAAAAUCGGCAUAUGGAAUUGGCACUUGUCAGUAGAGAAAAAUCGAUACAUGUACAUUCGCCUUUUCCCGGAGUUGUCUAGAGUAUCAAAAGAGCAGCCGCCAGUUGCGCGGUUCGUCCUACGUGUCACCACCUCCGGAUCUAAUCGCAGACCAUAUAUAUCUCCAAUUCACGAAAGACUGCUUCGAACUAGUGAUGACUUUGUCUGGCCUGUUGAAACUACCUUUCAAGGUCGUUUUAUAAUUGACGUUGAGUUUCUGGAUCUCAAGAUUUGCCCUCUAAAUGGUGGAGAAGGUAAUUCUAUGUGCCCCAAUGAAGGUAGGAUGCAAUAUCCUGCAACCCACACUCUCAGAUGCCUAGCAACUCAAAACUCCCUCAGAUGCCUCUCUCGCAUGCUUGAUGAGUCUAUUCAUGCUGAUGUCACUAUCAACACUGCCGAUGGAACACUACAAGCUCAUAAGGCAAUUCUUUCUGCAAGCUCCCCGGUGUUCCACAGCAUGUUCCUUCAUGACCUCAAGGAGAAAGAGUCGUCGACAGUUGACAUGGAAGAUAUGUCGAGAGAGUCUUGCAUGGCUUUUAUCAGUUACUGUUAUGGAAAGAUAAACAAAGAUGAUUUCUGGAAACACCGAUUGGCUUUGUUGGGCGCAGCAAACAAAUACGACAUUGUAGAGUUGAAAGAUACUUGCGAAGAAAGUCUUCUAGAAGAUAUUAACUUGGAAAAUGUCCUCGAGAGGUUGCAAGAGGCUUGGCUUUACGAGCUCGAUAAGUUGAAGAAAGGGUGCUUGAUGUAUUUGUUUGAUUUUGGCAAGAUUUAUGACGUUAGAGAUGAAAUGGAAAUGUUUUUCAGACACGCGGAUAGAGAACUAUUGGUGGAGAUGUUUCAAGAGGUGCUUACGGUUUGGAAACCAGCAUAA